AUGCCAGGACGCCUCCAGGACAAGGUCGCCAUAGUCACCGGCUCAUCCAGCGGCCUCGGCCGUGCGAUCGCCCUUGCUUAUUCGGCUGAGGGCGCGCAUGUUGUCUGCGCGGACCUCGUUCCCAAUGCCCGGAUGGACGUCGUUAUAGACCAGGAGCAGGGCAAGCCUACACACGAAGAGAUUGGCAAGAGCGGCGGGAAGUCGAUCUUCGUCAAGACAGACGUCGGCGAUGUGGAGAGCGUGGAGAGCGUGGUACAGGCGGCUGUGCAGGAGUAUGGAAGGCUUGACAUAAUGGUGAACAACGCUGGGAUCGCCAUCAUGAAGGACGGCCUGAAGCUCACCCACGAGGAGUCGGACGACACGUGGAAUAGGACGAUGCUGAUCAACUCUACCGGCGUCUUCUAUGGGUGUCGGGCCGCAAUCAAGCAGAUGAUGAAGCAGGACCUGCAUCCGAGUGGUGAUCGAGGUUGGAUCGUGAACACAGCGAGCAUGCUUGGGUUGGUUGGGUUCGCGGGAGCCACCGCUUAUGCAGCCUCAAAGGGUUCCGUUGUACUGAUGACCAAGUCCAUCGCGCUCGAGUACGCGCCGCACAAGAUCCACUGCAACUGCCUCUGUCCAGGAUUCGUGAACAGCGCCAUGAUCAAGCUGCUCACGGACGAUAAAGCCACGCAAGAUCAUCUUACUGCACAUCACCCAUGGGGCCGCCUCGGCGAGCCUCGAGAUGUCGCUCGUGCCGCAGUCUUCUUGGCAAGUGAGGAUGCAGCGUGGGUGACUGGUGUCCCGCUGCCCGUCGAUGGCGGAUAUACUGCGCAGUAA